AACACAAAAAAUCCCCUUUGCUCAUAGUUUUGGCGGGAAAAUUAUCAAAGACAUAAUUAAGCUUAAACCAAAAACGAAAUUAUCAGCUUGAAGAUUCCACAAAAAAAUGGGAAUCAAAAUCGAAGAAGAAGCAGAAAAUGAACCAAAAUUCCCAGGAUUUCCGUACAAUCCGUACUCGAUUCAGAUCGAUUUUAUGAAGUCCCUUUAUCAAUUUUUAGAUAAAGGCGGCAUUUCCAUGCUUGAAAGCCCUACAGGUACUGGAAAAACUUUAUCUAUCAUAUGUAGUGUUUUGCAAUGGGUUCAUGAUCAAAACCAAAAGGAGAAAUCGAAGUCGAAAUCGGAACUUGAAUUUGAUAAGAGUCGGAAGUUAGAUGAUGAUGGCGGUGGUGAUGAGGAUGAGCCUGAUUGGAUGAGAGAUUUUGUUGUUGCUAGUAUUGAUGAUGAUAAAAGAGAAAAGAAAAAUGCGAAGACGGAGAAAUUAGGGUUUAGGAAGACUAGGGAAGGCUAUAGAGAAACGUUUUCUCGUGUUUUCAAGGAGGGGGAGUGUAAUGUGAAGAAAGGAAAUGCGAGUUUGCUAAAGACAAAGGGUGAGGUGGAGUUGAGCGAUGAGGACUUUUUGUUGGAGGAAUAUGAAAGUGAUGAUGGUGAAGGGGGGACAACUGGGACGGGGAGAUUGAAGAGGAAAGGUGGGGGUUUAGUUAGUUCAUCGAGUGAUGAGGAAAAGGAAAAAGACGGGUAUGAUAAUGAAGAGGAGGCGAAGGAUUUUAGGGUUUAUUUUUGUAGUCGGACGCAUUCACAACUUUCGCAGUUUAUUAAGGAGUUGAGAAAGACUAGCUUUGCUAAUGAGAUAACGGUUGUGUGUUUGGGGUCUAGGAAGAAUAUGUGUAUUAAUGAAGAGGUUUUGAAACUUGGAAAUGCUACACGAAUUAAUGAACGAUGCUUAGAGCUUCAAAACAAAAAGAAAACCGAUGUCCCUAAAAUCAAGAGCAUAAGUAUGGAGGGAAGAGCACGCCGGUCCAAAGUUACUCCUGGUUGUCCAAUGCUUAGAAAACAUAAGCUCCAAAGGCAAUUUAGGGAUGAGAUUUCUCAUGAAGGAGCUCUGGAUAUUGAAGAUCUUGUUCGAGUAGGAAGAAGUAUUGGAACUUGUCCAUAUUAUGGCUCCCGAAGCAUGAUCCUAACAGCUGACCUUGUGGUUCUCCCAUAUCAAUCUCUCCUAUCAAAAUCAUCACGAGAAAUGCUUGGACUGAACUUGAAGAAGAGUAUUGUUAUAAUAGAUGAGGCGCAUAAUCUGGCUGACUCCCUGAUCAGUAUGCAUGAUGCAAAAAUUACAUUGUCAGAGUUGGAUCAUGUGCAUUCCAACAUAGAGAAGUACUUUGCAAGGUUUUGCAAUAUGUUGGGACCUGGUAAUCGAAGAUAUAUCCAAACUCUGAUGGUUGUUAUAAGGGCUUUCCGGCAAACUUUAUGCAGUGAGAAGGUUUUCAGCCAUGUGAAUACUUGCCAAACUGAAGAGAAAGCAGAUGAAGUAAAAGCUGCCUUUGAUACUUCUAUGUCCAUUAAUGAUUUUCUAUUUUCUCUUAAUAUAGACAACAUUAAUUUUUUCAAAUUGCUCCAGUAUAUAAAAGACAGCAACAUUGUCCACAAGGUAAGUGGAUACGGCGAAAAGAUGGCAACUUUGCACACAGAACUGGUUGUUAAUGACAGUGGUGAAUUGGAUGAGGAGCGGAGCGCUCUUUCCAGUUUCCGCUCAUUGCUAGGCAUGUUGGUAUCACUGGAAAAUAAUGAUGGCGAUGGACGCAUAAUAAUCUCAAAAUCAAGAGUAACAUCCUCUGGAAAACAAGGAGGAUUUCUGAAGUAUGUCAUGCUCACAGGGGAAAAGAUGUUCUCAGAGAUUGUAGAUGAAGCACAUGCUAUUGUAAUGGCAGGAGGGACUCUGCAACCUAUUGAAGAGACAAGGGAGCAACUCUUUCCUUGGCUCCCACAAAAUCAACUGCAUUUCUUUUCUUGUAGUCAUAUUGUCCCACCUGAGAAUAUUUUGCCAAUUGCAGUUUCCCAUGGCCCGUCUGGUCAAUCUUUUGAUUUUAGCUAUAGCUCUAGAAGCUCGUUAAAAACGAUAGAAGAGCUGGGGCUCUUGCUUUGCAAUCUAGUGGCGAUUGUUCCUGAAGGUAUCGUUGUAUUCUUCUCCUCGUUUGAAUAUGAAGGAACAGUUUAUGAUGCAUGGAAAACAUCGGGCAUUCUUGAAAGGAUUAAGAAGAAAAAGCGUGUCUUCAGAGAGCCUAGAAGAAAUUCUGAUGUGGAAAUUGUUCUCAAGGAAUACAAGGAAACAAUUGAAACAUUGUCUUCAGCUUCAAAAGAAGACAUCUCGCCUUUCAAUGGUGCAAUAAUCCUAGCUGUAGUUGGUGGAAAGAUUUCAGAAGGCAUCAACUUUAGUGAUGGGAUGGGUCGAUGCAUAGUUAUGGUGGGACUUCCUUAUCCAAGCCCUUCCGACAUUGAGUUGAUGGAGAGGGUGAAGUAUAUUGAAAGUUUGGGAGAGUCAAAUUCUACCAAAAGCCUCAAAAUUUCACCUGGUGAUCAGUAUUUUAGUGGGGAUGUUCAGGCUGCAUUCAGCAUCUUAAGGAGUUGCAAGCGCAGAGGACAAGAAUACUAUGAAAACCUCUGCAUGAAAGCUGUGAACCAAUCCAUUGGUAGAGCAAUACGACACAUAAAUGAUUAUGCAGCAAUUUUGUUAGUUGACAUGCGUUAUGCAUCUGAUUCCUCAAAAAGAAGUUUCUCCCAUCCAACUCACAAGCUUCCACGAUGGAUACAAGAGAGUUUGGUAUCUGCAACCAGCAGCUACGGGGAAGUCCACAGAUUAUUGCAUCGGUUCUUUAAAUUGCACAAGAACAAAAAUUCCCAGUAGAAGCUGCUGUUGGAUUAUGUACAGAAUUUGAAGUAUCAACACAUUAUACAGUCCAGUAUGCUGAAUUGCUGAUGCCACCAUUAAAGAUCCUGGAAAACAAGUUCUCGAUGCGCGUCUCAGCCAGUUUUGCAAGAAGAUAUAAGCUCAGGCCAAGGCAAGUUUCUACAAGAGAUUAGUAUUGAUUUAAUUCCAAGUCUGUGAGUCUGCUGUAAUUGUUAUAAAAGCUCAUAUUCUCUUAUAGUAACACACUUUAACUGUAUUAUAUGGAAUAGGACUCCCUUAGGUUAUAGAUCAAUUACAGCAGAAAAUUCAGAUUGGAUAGAAUUAGUAACAUUAUGUAUAAUUAUUUCAUAGGAAUUUGUUUUUUUGUGAUCCAA